CGAACACAGAACCGCUGAAACUGAGUUCUGUGUGUUUAGUGAGCAGGUUUCACACACCGUCUUAUUUUUAGCAUCGUGUAAUGAGAGUUUUGAACGAGUCUGCGCUCCCACGGUGCGGAGGACAGAACAGCUGAUGGCGGUUUCAGUGAGGUGCUGCUGGUUUCUGCUGGACCGGAAUCAACGGGACACGGCUCUGCUUUGAACUUUACCAGAAUUCUGGUCGGAUCUAAACGCUUGAGUCUGGUUUAGGGGUCUCAGAGAGGAUUCGGUUUGGAUGGUUUCUGACAGGCCUACAUGAUGCUCAUCCGGAAUCUGGACUCACAGAUCGUAGGGCUCGGUUCGCGCCGAACUGGAGUCCGGACCGUGUGCGUCAUCUGGUCUGUUUAAAACCUGUGAUGAACCGCUUCGUGAGUAAAUGAACGAAUAAAUUAUAAAUUAUUCCAUUUUUGAAAGGAAGCUGGCGUGACACCCCCCUCCCGUCGCGGACAGGGAUCUCCUUGGAAACGGAUAGUGACAGCCCCCCCACCCCCUCCCUUCCCGGUCCGCCCCCAUCCUCUCAUCAGGAAUGGUUGGUGCUGAGCUCCGCCGCCUGCUCUCCCACUAACAACCAGUGACCAACUGGGCCGUUUCCAGUCAGCAGAUGUUCCCGGGCAGGAUGACUCUGAGCCCGCCCAGCCUGCUGUGCGGUCCGCCGGAGGAGCUGCAGGAGCUCGCCUUCAUCGAGCGGCCGAUCCGCAGGAGCCUCAAGACUGCUGAGGAGAUCGAUCAGCUGACUGUGGACGAAGACCUGAACGACAUUGAGAGAGCUGUCUACCUGCUCAGUGUGGGCCAGGAGGUUCAGAGAGUCAGCGUCAUCAGCAACCUGCCAAGUCUGGUUCGCCAGAACCCAGCAGAGACUUUUCGCCGGGUAGUGCCCAAAGUACGGGAGGUCUUAAAUGGAGCAAGUGUUGAAAUCCAGCUGGCAGCAGCAGCUUCGUUUUUAACCAUCCUUCAGGACGACAUCAUCCUGAUCCACACACACACCUACUCCAUUCUGAAGACGGUCCUGCUGCACCUGAACCACAGAGACACAGUGCUGAGCAACGCCUGGUUGGAGACUCUUCUGUCAGCCAUCAAUGCUCUGCCCAAAGAGACCAUCAAACAGGAGGUGUUGAACCCUCUACUGUAUCAGUCUCAGAUGUCUCACUCUGUCCAGGCUCGUCUGGCCAGCUGUCGCAUUUUAGGAAAAGUCGCCUGCAAGUUUGAUUCUCACACGGUGAAGAAGGAGCUUCUGCCGUUGACCCGUUCUUUGUGUGAGGAUGUGGAGUCUGAGGUCCGAGCUUGCAUGUGCCGUCAGCUGGAAAGCAUAACCAGAACCAUUGGGAUGGAUGAUGCCAGGACCGAGCUCCUUCCUGAGCUGGUGGAGCUCGCCGGAGACGAGGAGAGCAUCGUCCGGCUGGCAGCAUUUGACACCAUCAUUAACCUGAUGGAGAUGAUGGAUGGUGAUGACAGACUCCACGUUGUUGUUCCCAUGGUGAUGGCGGUGUGCGAUGCAGCAUCACAGGUGGAUGAAGUCGUUUUGGCAUCGUUGUCCUUCCAGUUUGGGAAGCUGUGCAGCGGACUGGCAGGUUCCCUGUCAGACGAGCAGAAGUCUCGCUUGUUGCAGAGGUUUAAGCUGAUGUGUGUCGCAGGACUGCAGACCGAAGCAAAUCAGAUUGAUGGGAAUGACAAGUCCACGCUGAUCCGCUGCAACUGCUGCUACAACCUGCCGACCAUGGUGGUGUUUGUGGACUCUGCUCACUUCCAGUCUGAACUCCACCCAUCUUUCUCCAGCCUUUGCAGUGACCCAGAGGUCAGCGUUCGGCAAAGUGCUGCAGCCAGUUUCCACCAGGUGGUGAAGCUGCUUAUUUCAAACACCCACAUGGUGCAGAAGGAGCUUCUGUUGUUGCUGCAGGACGACGCUCUGGAGGUGUUGGAUGCUUUGAUGAAUCACUUGGAGGAAACUCUGGAGACGGUUCUGUCCAGAGGAGAGAACCUGACACUGGACAACAAGCUCCCCGACCUCCUGUCGGCGCUGCUUUUAGCUGAACAGAGGGUUGGAUGUUCUCUGCGUUGGCGGCUACAUGAGAAGUUGCUGCAGCGUUACAGCUGCCUGGCCAGACUGCUGCCUGGAGAACUGCUGCACCAGAGCUUCUCCCCUCGCAUCUUCAUCAUCCUCACCACCAACAAAGUGUUGCCGGUGCAGAAGGAGGCAGCACGGACAUUCUGCACAUUCCUGCGCUACAACCGGAAGCAGGAGCAGCGUCAGGAGAUGAUGGAACGACUGGUCCAAGCUCUGGCUCUGGGUCGCAGCUACUGGAACCGUCUGAGGUUCCUUGAUGUUUGUGAAGUUGCCACGGAGAUUUUCUCUAGAAAAUACUUCAACAAGCACUUCCUAAUCCCAGCACUGGAGCUCGUCCACGAUCCUGUCGCUAACGUCAGGUACAAGCUCUGCCAGCUGUUGCCGAGGUUACGUUCAUCGCUCCGCCUGCCAGCUGACAAACUGCUGCUGCAGAAACUCGACUUCUGCGUCCAGAAACUUCUCUGUAGAGAAAAAGACAAAGAUGUGGUGGCCACGAUUCGCAAGACAGUGUUGGAACUGGACAAACUGGACCUGUCAGAGCCUUUUCAGAAGAGACAAGAGAGAGACCUGCUGGACCAGAAGAAGGAGAAGGAGGAGACGCUGUUGCUGGAGAUGGAGCAGCUGGAACGCCAGCAGAACGACGGGAAGCUGAACUCUGAAAAGCACACGGAGAGAAAACGAAGAGACAGUAAGACCAGCCUGUCUUCCACCAAAUCCAUGUCUGUGUCCUCGUCUGCAGCCGCCCCAUCCUCCAGUAAAGAGAUAAGGAAGGCUAAACUGUCUCGGAGUCGGUCCCUCAGCAGUCAGCCAACGACGUCCAAACCUGUGAACUCAGACAGACCUCUGAAGGUGAAAGAUCUGAGCAGCUCAUCUGGAUCUGGGAAGUCCUCCAUGAUGUCCAGCAAAGAUGAGUCCUUGAGGACCACCCACUUCACCAUGACAACACAGUCCACCUCCUCCAUGCCGGUCCUGAUCCGCAGCAAAACUACGAGCCUCUUGGACAGGGCCAGUACUAUGGACCACAGAACUGGUACCCUGGACCACAGGAACAAUAUGGGGGAGCACAGAACCAGUACCUUGGACCAGCGAGACCAUAGGACUAGUACCCUGGACCAGCGCAGUAAAACAAUGGACCGAGGGUGCGGAGUAAAGGAAAGUCAGUCCAGGAGGCUGUCGAUAAACAGGAAGUCAAGCUCUUUCAGCGUACAGUCGGGGCGAGACUGAGGAUGAUGAUGUCGUCAUUUCUAUACCAGGCUGGUCCAUUCAGACAGCAGCUUCAGGACAUUACCCAGAAUGCAACACAUCAUCGCUGCCUUUCAAACAGAGACAGUAGAAUCGGACUUAUAUUUGUAUCUACUGAGCACUGUGUCUUCUAUUGAUCUCCUCCCUUCACCUGAUUGGUUUAGUAAAGUCCCACAUGCAGACCAGUGGUGUCUUCUCACUGGUGAAUGCAUUCAGCUGCUGGCACAUGAUUUGUUCAACGUGAGCAGCUGAUAACUGUAGUGACUGCAUUACCUCUUUUAAAGGAAUAAACCUCCGAAUGAAA